UUCAAAGCGGAAAAUCUAAUCUCGUCGCCAAAAAAAUACAUUCCCAGCAAAGAGAUGAGGUCAGUUUGACUUUUGGUCCUGAAAAUGUACGACAAACUAGUCAUACUAGUGCUAUUACAAGUUUGCUUCGCGCCAGUAAGAUGUCGCCAAGGAAUCUCUUCUUAUGAUAAACCACAACAAGCCAUGCGCGGAGGAAAGACGGGGAAUGAAAUAAGUGAAGAAACUUCACGAGACUCCCUUAUAACAGAAGCUGAUUCUUCGCUCCAUUACUCAGAUGAUAAUAAAGAUGAUGAAGUCUCUGUUGAGUGCUUACAGAAUGACAUGCUCAUUGCUAUUCCCAAGUCCGUGCUCCGUGGCACAGACCGUGAGCAUAUCAGAGCCCUGGACGUGAAUUGCGGGGCAACCGACAAUUUAACUCACUUUAUCCUUGACGUUCCGCUGACCGGUUGCGGAACAAAGAGCAGGCACACAAACUCGUCAGUUAUUUACAGCAACGAAGCUCUGCCUGUCCCGCCUGUAGCAGAGGACAUUGUCUCUCACGUGCCCGAUUUCCAGAUUCCGUUUCAUUGUUAUUACGACAAUGAGGGACUGGUGUCAGGAGUUGGACUCAUGCCACGAAGCGAGAAAGUUAUUUUCUCCGAAAAAGGCUUCGGCAAAUUCACCAUGAGGCUAGAACUCUUCCCAGACCUCAGGUUUGUUGGCCCAUAUACUCAAGACGACUACCCCAUUUCAUUAAGACUGCGCCAAAAAAUAUUCUUUGAGGCAUCUGUUGACACCAUUGACCACAGGCUGACCAUCCUCGCCAGGGAAUGUUUUGCAACGCCCAGUCCCGACAUUAACAGCUCACCCAAAUAUUGGAUCAUCAAGAAUGGCUGUAAAGUGGAUGAGACACUCGAAUAUCACCCGGCCAAUGAGAGAUCUGAGCGCUUUAGUUUGGAAAGUUUCAAAUUCAUCGGAGAGCAUCCAUUCGUCUUUGUGCAUUGCCAUAUAAGGGUUUGUAACCAUUCGGAUCCAGAAUCCAAAUGCGUACGCAUCUGUGAAGAUCGAAGGAAACGUGACGUCAAUGUUGUGCCGGAGAGCGUCGAUGACGUUUAUCCUCUUGCCCAGGGCCCUAUCACGUUAAGAAAGGAAGAACUCAAAGAUGAAAUGGCGACUAACACUAUUAGAAAUGGUCCAUCUGCACUCGUUAUUGCCACUGCGACUGUAUUAUUAGCACUGAGCGCGCUGGGUGCAGCGCUUCUCAUAAGACACAAGAGGAAGUUGGUACAUGAAUACAAGACUCUUGUCCAAGAAAUUCAAAGCUAAAAAAGUGUGAUCAUAUUUGAAUACAAUGUUUUGAUCAUCUGUUUAAUAUACAAUACAUGAGAAAAAAGCCGCUUAAAAGCUUACCUUUUUUCCGACGAGAAAGAUAUUUAUCGGUCAAGUAAGGUAUGAAAAGCCAAAGGAAUGACUAUGAAAGAUGUUACCUUUGAAAAGAAACUGAGCAGAAUACGACAAUUUGCUUUUCACAGCUGGUAACAAAAAGAUUAAUAGCCGUGAUCUUCAAAUUUGUAUGUUUACUUUUAACUUCUUAGGCAGAUGGUACGAGUUUUUUUCCACUCUGGAAAUAGCAACUGAGUCUGUUCUUGAGUCUGUUCGUUUUGUAAAUAGGGAUGUGAUAUCUACGACUAUUUCU